GAGCUCGCCGCCCGGGAGCGGCAGCGCGCUCCGGGCAGCUGGACAAACCCCGCGCCCGGCUGCGCUGCGCCAUGCCGGAGGGCUGAGCGUCGCGGACGCUGCUCUCUGGGACACAGCCGGACUUGGUCCCGCUUUGCGUGGGGACUGCGCGCGCCAGGGCCGAGCCCGGGCCGCUGACCAUGGUGCUGCCGCCUCCGGAUCGGCGCCACGUGUGCCUGACCACGCUGGUGAUCAUGGGCAGUAUGGCCGUCAUGGACGCAUACCUGGUGGAGCAGAAUCAGGGCCCGCGCAAGAUCGGCGUGUGCAUAAUUGUGUUGGUAGGCGAUGUGUGUUUCCUGUUGGUGCUGCGCUACGUGGCCGUGUGGGUGGGUGCCGAGGUGCGCACGGCCAAGCGUGGCUACGCUAUGAUCCUCUGGUUCCUCUAUAUCUUCGUGCUGGAGAUCAAGCUCUAUUUCAUCUUUCAGAACUACAAGGCGGCGCGGCGUGGAGCGGCCGACCCGGUGGCUCGCAAGGCGCUGACACUGCUGCUGUCCGUGUGCGUGCCAGGCCUGUUCUUGUUGCUUGUGGCACUAGACCGCAUGGAGUAUGUGCGCACCUUCCGAAAGCGCGAGGACCUUCGCGGCCGCCUCUUCUGGGUGGCUUUAGAUCUGCUGGAUCUGCUGGACAUGCAGGCCAACCUCUGGGAGCCGCCGCGCACCGGGCUGCCUCUGUGGGCCGAAGGCCUCACCUUUUUCUAUUGCUACAUGCUGCUGCUGGUGCUGCCCUGUGUGGCGCUCAGCGAGGUCAGCAUGCAGGGGGAGCACAUCGCACCACAGAAGAUGAUGCUGUACCCGGUGCUCAGUCUGGCCACCGUCAACGUGGUGGCUGUGCUGGCCCGUGCCGCCAACAUGGUACUCUUCCGCGAUAGCCGAGUCUCCGCCAUCUUCGUGGGCAAGAACGUGGUGGCGCUGGCCACCAAGGCCUGCACGUUCCUCGAGUACCGUCGCCAGGUUCGCGACUUUCCACCACCCGCCCUCGCGCUUGAGCUGCAACCACCUCCUUCCCAGCGCAACUCGGUGCCGCCACCUCCGCCACUGCAUGGUCCGCCAGUGCGCCCCCACGGGCCCUCGCCCACUCGCGAUGCGUUGGACACGUGACAGGGCCCCCCGCGGGCCGCACAGACGCUGGACUAGCUGCGCGCGGUUUGCAUGGGAUGGGAUGGGGCAGGCUCCCAUUUGGGACAGGGGCUGUGAAUACCUGUGCAGUGCCUGGGGUGCCGGGGCCGCGUCUGCUUCUUCAUCUCAGGAAUCUCUCGGACCACGGACCCUCAACUUCCACUCCACCGGCUCACCUUGAUGCACAGGCUCAGUUUGGUGAGGCCUGGUCCCGAGUGGAGAUGCCUCAACCCCUGCCUGCUGCUGGGCUGCCAGGGUGGGAAAGGGAGGGCCGUGUUCCAGGAGAUCUGGACCUAUG